CAAAGUUCGUUUUUUUGGUUAUAACAUGGAUAACAUUACAAACACGUGUUAAGAUACAAACAAAUUGAAAAUUUGGAUAUACUGAAUUACUGACAAUUUUAAGAUGAUUGCUGAUAAAGAAGUUUAUCAUGAAAUAUAUGUUGGAACCAAAGUUGGAACGUUCAAACGGUAUAUAUCGAAAUUAAAACAAACAAUUGACAUAGUCGAUGCAAAAAAUGUUCAGAAAGGUGAUGAAAUUACACAUUUAACAUGGAAAAAUGCAGAUGAAAACGAAAUUCUGAUAGGACAGCGUAACGGUUUGAUUAAAACUUUUGAUACUGCAUCUCAGAAAUUGAAACAUACAAAAACCAUUCCUUUAGAAAAUGAAGACCACCUCAUAGGACUUGGUAUCACAGAUGCAAAUAAACUUUUGACUGCCUUAAAAUCUGGUAUAGUUAGUAUUUGGAAUGGUAAAAAUGCAACAAACAUAAAUGCGGGUUUAGCACUGGAUAAAAUGCGAGUAUGUUCAUUUGAUUUAUCUAAAUGUGCUACUGGUGGUCGUGAAAAUCCUUUAAAAUUAUGGGAUCUAAAUACACAGAAAAAUAUAUUUAUGUCAAAGAAUGUACCUCAUGAUGAGUUACAAUUACGUGUACCAGUAUGGGUAUCAGAUAUGACUUUUCUUAGUAAUUCGGAGAUUGUGACUGCUAGUCGGUAUGAUAACAUAUGUUUUUAUGACAUUCGCGCUCAAAGACGACCCAUUACGAGAAUUCAAUUUGAUGAUGCAACCUAUUCUUGUGUUUCAAGUUGUUACAAUGAUAAAUUAAUUGCUGCUGGUGGGGGUAAAGGUUUAAUACAGGUAAUUGAUGUACGAAAACCUGGUAAAAUUUUACAUAAAUAUAAAGGUUCAGUGGGUGCUGUUAAAGACAUUGCAUGUGAUAAAAAUUUACCAUUCAUGUUUACUGUAUCGUUGGAUCGACGAUUACGUAUUUACGAUAUUAAUCAACCGCGACUUUUGGAAGAGACAUAUCUAGUGUCCUCAUUGAAUUGUGUAUUAAUUAAACAGUUUAAUGUUAAAACUGAAAAAGAAGAAGUUGAAUCAAAAUUAGAAAACGUAGACAAAGUAGAAGAUACUUUCGAACAAAAUAAAGAUUUUGAGAAUGGCACAGAAGAUUUAGUAUAUGAAAGUAAAGAUAUUUACGAUGAUAGCGAAAUUAGUAAAGCUAAUGUUAAACGUAAAAAGGUCGAUAAAUUUGUAAAAAAUAAAAAAGUUAAAAAUAAAGCUUAA